AUGGUGCUGCUUUCCCACUUCUCCCUGCUCUUACACCUAUAUAAACAUGGUGGUGGUGAUAGUGGUGGUGGUCGUCGUGGUAUUGGUAGUAGUAGUAGUGGUGGUGGUAGUGGCAGCAGUGGCAGUGGUGGUGGUGGAAGUGGUAGUGGUGGUGACGGCCGUAUUAUUGGUAGUGGUAGUAGUAGUAGUAGUAGUGAUGGUGGUUUUAGUAGUAAUAGUGGUGGUUGUAGUGGUGUAGUGGUAGUGGUGGUGGUGGUCGUAGUACUGUACUGUAUUGGUAGUGGCAGUGGUGGAGGUAGUGAUGGUAGUUGUGGUGGUGGUAGUGAUGGUAGUAGUGGUAGUAGUGAUGGUGGUAGUGGUUGUAGUGGUAGUAGUGUUGAUGGUCGUAGUAUUGGUAGUGAAGGUAGUAGUGGUCGUGAUAAUGGUAGUAGUAGUGGUGGUUGCAGUGGUAGAAGUGGUGGUGGUGGUGGUAGUGGUAGUGAUGGUGGUGGUCGUAGUAUUAAUACUGGUAGUAGUGGUGGUGGUAAUGCAUUGUUAACAAAGUGGUAUGGAAUGUAUAAUGACCGAAUAUUUGAAUACAAAGGACAUAUAAGUACAAAAUGA